AUGCGAGAUAACAACGGACCGAGGGUGGAAAAGCUGCGUGGGAGAGAAAAUUUUGAUAUUUGGAAGGUGGGAGCAAAAUCAUAUUUAACGAUCAAGGGGUUAUGGAGCGUAAUUGAAAAAGAGACCCCAGCAACUGAGAGUCCAGAGACAAAUGCAAAAACCAUUGGUGAACUCACACUGAUGAUAGAAGCAUCACUGUAUAGCUACUUGGAAGAAAGCCCGGAUGCAUAUAUUGUAUGGAAGGGAUUGGUCAAAGCAUUCGAGGAUAGUGGAGUUGCUCGUAAGAAAUCGAAAGCUGCAGGAUUCCGCAUCGAUGAAGACGUUGUGGCAUCUCUACUUUUGGGUGGGCUCCCAGAUGAAUUUCGUCCAAUGAUCUUAGGGAUAGAGAACAGCGGCCAAGAGUUAACAAUCGACUAUGUGAAGCAAAUACUCUUACAGGGUAUUCCAGACCCCUUAGAUACAAAUGAAAAGAAAGAUGCAGCUAUGUACACAUUCAGCGAAAUUGAGAACAGAAGAAAGGGAUAUAAGGGAAAGAGAAGCUGCUUUAAAUGUGGUGACAUCCUACAUCUACGUAUAGACUGUCCAAAAGCAGACUUGAAGUGUAGUAAGUGCGGGGAUUUCAAUCACCUGGUUGAAAACUGUAUCACAAGAAAAGUAGUUACGAUGAAGAAUGCGUCAAACAAUGGUGAAGAACCUCUAGAGUUUUGA